UUCUUCAGAUUUUGCACUGCAUCCAGGCCCCGGCUGCUACACCAUCUAAUCAAGAGACGCCCUCAGCCUGAAACCCACCUCCAACAACCAUGCAGUCUGUCGAUGCCAAGUUCAGCCGAAACUCUCUGCUGCUGGCCCUGAGGCGCUACGGCACAGUAGUGCACAAUAUGGAGCAGACCGUCCUGCUUCCCAGCCUCCUCAGAGAUGUGCCGUACGAUGACGGUUCGGACUGUGAGGCCGCCGACAACAGCAUGGACCUGUACGAGUACUACCUUCUGCUGAAAGCCAUCAAGAACACGGUGGAGAGCGGCCUCAUCCCACAUGACGAUGCCAAAGCCAAGAGUCACGCCACCCUGCACAAAGGCCUGGAGCCUCUGCUGGAGGCCGAACCCGAAGAGAUUUUCCACUUCCAUCUGCGAGGCCUGUUCACAGUCAUGGCAACGCUCACGAAGAAGUCCCAGAACUUGACUGAGAAAUACUUGGACAUCAUCGGGAUCAGCCGUUAGGAUUCAGCACAUCUUGAGAAAACAUCCAUCUUGGGUGGUUGCAAUUACCUGGAAAGCUGUUUACAUCCUUGUCACCAUCUAUGUGACAUGCAAUUAAAAACAUUA